AUGAAUUACGAUUCAUGUCUUAAAUUGCAAAACCAUUUAUCAGAUUCCCUAAAAACAUCAGCCAUUGACAAAUGUGGUUAUCUCCUUAUUGUAGAACAUGAACCUGUUUAUACGGUAGGUAUCAGACAAAAAGACUACGAUUCACUUUUACAGGACAAUUUAAUUAAACUGGGUGCAGAAUUCAAACGUACUAACCGAGGCGGUCUAAUCACUUUCCAUGGUCCUGGACAACUGAUUGCUUAUCCAAUUUUAAAUUUAAAAACAUUUAAUCCUAGCAUUCGGUGGUAUGUUUCAAAUUUAGAAACAACUAUAAAAAAUCUUUGCAAUGAGACAUAUGGACUUACUGCAACUACUACAUCUGACACCGGAGUCUGGAUAGGUAAUCAUAAGAUCUGUGCAAUAGGUGUAAGAUGUAGUCGUUAUGUUACUACACACGGCCUUGCCUUGAAUUGUAAUACAGACUUAUCCUGGUUCAAACAUAUUAUACCCUGUGGCUUACAUGGUAAAGGAGUUACCUCUCUUAGUGAAAUAUUUGAAAAAAAUAUUUCUGUCAACGAUGUGUUACCAUAUUUUUUAGAACAUUUUUGUAAAUCAUUUUCGUGUGCCAUUGUAAAUACUGAAAUUGAUAAAAUAGCUUAG